CUCAGCUAUCCUUAAUAUUGGGCGAUUACUUUUUUAUACAAAAAUAUAAUGAGUUCAAUCACCGUGACCGUGUACAAAUUAACAUAAACUCAAAACAAAAACAUAAUACAAUGACUUUUGUUUAGUGUCCAGAGUAUCAUAUCUUCGUAGAAUAUGAUCAGGCUGUAAAAACACCAUGUUCCAGUGAAUGUCGGAUAAAUAACAAGACGUAUCAUUGGUCGAAACGUGUCAUAAGGCAGGAGAAAGCUAGACAUUUAUACUGGCAAUGAUUCUGGGAACAAAUGCUGUCUGAUAUAUUAAAAAUUAUGGCUCAAAGUUCAGACGCAUACAAAUAAUUUUCUGACGAUUAAACGGAUUUACACAUUGUACUUCGAUAGUUUGGUUCAAUAAUUUACCAGGAAUAUAACGCAUUCGUAGAAGGGAAGGUCACGUCAUGUGAUGAGUAUCAUAUCUUCGUAGAAUAUGAUCAGGCUGUAAAAACACCAUGUUCCAGUGAAUGUCGGAUAGAUAACAAGACCGCGUAUCAUCGGUCGAAACAUGUCAUAAGGCUGCAGGAGAAAGCUAGAAAUUUAUACUGGCAAUGAUUCUGGGAACAAAUGCUGUCUGAUAUAUUAAAAAAUAUGGCUCAAAGUUCAGACGCAUACAAAUAAUUUUCUGACGAUUGAACGGAUUUACACAUUGUAAUUCGAUAGUUUAGUUGAAUAAUUUACCAGGAAUAUAACGCAUUCGUAGAAGGGAAGGUCACGUCAUGUGAAUAUUCAUACAAACGGAAACCUCUGAACAAGGUUUAUAACGAAGAUUUACAAUUACAGUGUACGAAGGAUUCACUCUGAAAUUGCAUUGUUUAAAAUGGCUCACGCCUUAGUAGUCGACCCAGUCGAUCAAUUCGAAGAAAAUCUACUAUGUUCAGUUUGUCUGCAGGUAUUAAAAGACCCCAGAACCCUUCCUUGCUGCCAUUCCUUCUGUAAAGUAUGUCUCGAAGGUGUAGUUAAAACAUGUCGUGAUAAAGCACCUCGUGACCAACCAAUUCGUCAAUUUCCAUGCCCGAAUUGUCGCGAGUUGUUCACCCUCGAGCCCGACAAGGAAGUCGCCGAUAUGCCGCAGAAUCAUUUCAUCUGCAAUAUGGUCGAAGCGAUAGCCGUACUGAAUCGUGGAAUUGGUGUUCCCUGUUCGCAUAAUUGUAGCAAAAGCUCGGUUGCUCGUUGUGUCACCUGUGAAAAAUUUCUAUGCCAGCAAUGUCUCACUGCUCAUAAUAAUUAUCGAGCAAACGAUGGUCAUUCUGUCCUAACGAUGGAAGAGUUAUCAAAGCCAGAAAAUCGGAAGAAAAUUCGUGGCAAAAUGUAUUGCAAUGAGCAUUCGGGCAAGACAAUUAAAGUUUACUGCGACACGUGCGACAAGCUGAUUUGUAAGGAUUGUAUGGAUUUUAAGCACACGAAGCCAAAUCAUUCCUGUUUUCUGGUCAAGGAUGUAUCAAGCAAGUAUAAGGAGGAACUUGCCUCGAAAAACAAGGCAGUGGAUUCUGCUUUAAACGAAGGCAAUGCUCACCUCAGAAAAUUAUCCGCGGCGACCAAACAACUCGAGCGCGAUGCUCAGAAUGCCAAAGAUAAAAUUGUACAACGUCAAGAUGCCGUGAUAAAAAAAGUCACCGAAAUGGUGAAACGAAAAGCUACAACACUUUUAAACGAAGUAGAUCUGAUCCACAGCGGCGAACGGGUAAAGUUGGAUGGACAGACAGAAGAAACGAAAGCAUAUACAAAACAGAUAUCUCAUUCUGUUCAAUUUUUCAGAAAAUUGGUUGACAGUGGCACGGAAGAAGAGAUCAUAUCCUCGCAGAAAAUGAUGUUGGAUAACGCCAAUAAUCUCCUUUCAAAACGUCCAGUACCAGUACGCGUUCCAAAGUUCGGCUACAGUCCCUGCACUGACAAGGAACCAUUGAAUGAAGAGAUUGCAACGGUCUUGGCAAACUGUAUGGGAGAAGUUAAUACAGAAAAUAAAGAUACUGGUGAGAAACUGGCCAUUAUUAAACAUCAUGAAUAAUGUAGCUUUUGUAUCCUUUUUUAGCCAUAACAAGUCUACGUCCAGUAAGAGCUUUAAUCCCUUAGCUAUUGGAGUCUGUAAUGUUAACUACAAGCUCGACUAUUGCAGUUUAUAUAAGUUUUUGAAACUGCUGUGUUUCUCAAUUUUUAGGAAAUAACAGAUCUUUUGUUAUGUUAAGUACAGUGCUUUUUGUUACAUGGAAGAUCUGAUUAAAUUGGGGUAAAAUGCGGGGUACAGCUGACAUUAAUCAAAUCUUAUUUUUCGGAAAUUUAGUCAGUACUCGAGAUAUUAUCAAUAUUAAUUUGCUACCCAUGCAGAAAACUGUUAUUUUAGUUAACGGGGGUUUUGUAUCACUUUUUUGACCCAACGAUGGGGCAUUUGGAACGUUUUUUCCCUAAAUGUUAAUGCCCGACAGAUGCGGGGGGUGGGGUGUUAGGAUAGGCAGGCAUAGAAUUCUGUGCAGUCAUUAAUUCCUAGAAAUCCGAUACUGAAGGGGCAAGCUGAACCAAACUAACUUUAUUUACACAGGAUAGCUUUAUAUAAUUGCGGGAAUCACUGAGCUUAUUUUCAUAAAAUACAAUACAACGGUAACUCCGAAUAAAGUAAGCAUUUUGAUUCAACAUUUCGACUUUAUUUAGUCAUCAUCAGGAAUGAUUAUAUCACAUGUGCAUGCGUUAUAUAUACUCUACGUAAUUUGAUAUACUAAUUAAGAGAAAACCGAUAGUUCUCUGGAUGCUUUAGUCCCAUGAUUCAGUUCUAUCGGUUUUCUUUUAAUUAUAUAUCAAAUUACGCAGAGUAUAUAUAACGCAUGCACAUGUAAUAUAAUCAUUCCUGAUGAUGACUAAAAAUAAAGUCGAAACGUUGAAUCAAAAUGCUUACCUUAUUCGGAGUUACGGUUGCAUUGUAUAGCUUUAUAUAGCGUACGUGAUAAAAAAUCUUUUUAUCAGACUGAUCUUCGCCACAUCAAUCUAGAAUCAUAAAGUGCUUACGAAAUAUGCACUAAACUGUAGUGAAUGAUAACAUUAAGAUAGAUGUUCUUAGUUUUAUAGUUGGUUGAAGAGAUUCAGAAAAAAUAGUUAUAUCCAACGUGACAUGCUCUUUAAUGUAACAUCUUCUCCUGAAAUAUAUACCAGUAUAUCCAAGUAGUGCAAUGUCGAUGGCAACAUGACUGACGCAUAUUUUCUGUGCCAGGUCCAAAGCCUGAAACUGCAGCCGAGAAAUGUUGCAUUUGUUUAUGUCCAUUUACCAACAAGAAAACCUUGGAUAAGUGUGGUCAUUCAUUUUGCACUAAGUGCAUUGACAAAGCUUUUAAAGUGAAAAGACAAUGUCCAACUUGCAACCAGGCUUAUGGUCCUCUUAUUGGCAAUCAACCAGAGGGGGAAAUGAUUUAUUCAACAGCAUUCAGUGAUUUUAUUAUCAUAACUUACAAGUUUCCAGAUGGCAUCCAAAGACCAGAUCAUCCUAACCCUGGCAAGCCAUAUAAAGGGACAAGUGUAAAGGCGUAUCUUCCUAACAACGGAGAAGGGAACAAAGUUCUUAGACUUUUAAGGAAAGCUUUUAAUAAAAAAAUGACGUUUACCAUUGGACGAUCGUCAACGAAGAUUGAAGAUGUUGUCAUGUUCACGGAUAUUCCUCAUAAUACGUUAGGGUAACUAAAACUACUCAUAUUGUGUGCAUUUACGGUUAGCUAUAAGAUCACACUAUUAACAGAUCACUGUUUAGUACCGUAGUUGUAUUAAGGAGAAAAUUUUACACAUAUGUAUGCAUGCUCUUCACUAAGCUUCAUUUACACAUGCAGGUCAGGGCAAUUUCAAAACCAAAUUUGCACGAAUUCGCCUUCCGCAUUCACACGCACAGCUGACCGUACAAAUUUUAUUGUGAACAAAUUGAACCGGAUUAAUUUGUGUACUGUAUAUAUACAAAUAUACUCACUUGGAUUACAAACCCUAAAAAAACAGCAUUCUAAUAUCAUCGAGUGAAGUGCAGAAACCAGAUCAUUGAAGUCCACCUUAUCACAAUACGCACACCCGAUCACAUACAUGCAGUAUAUGCACAUGAACUUACGGUUGCAGCUCAACAGCUGGCCUCUGUAGCUCAGUUGCAACUGAGCUAUACAGAGGCCAGCUGUUGAGCUGUAACCGUUAGAGCGCUGCACCGGAAUCACAGGGCCGUAGGUUCAAUUCCUACCAGAGGACCUUGUGCUGCAUUUUUCGCAGUCGUUCCUGGUCGGGUCUUAAAGUGUAUAUAUACUCACUUGGAUUACAAAUCCUAAAAAACAGCAUUCUAAUAUUACCAAGUGAAGUGCAGAAACCAGAUCAUCGAAGUCCAUCUUUGCAUGUGAUUAAAGCUAGCUGUGUCCUGCACCACUCUUUUGUCUGUCCCUUUGUGGCCUUCGCCAUUCAGCUCGACGAUUCGCCAUUGUUCAACUCUGUCUUGUAACACGAAGUUGAAAAUGAAAAUUUCAAAUUUUCCAUAUUGCGCACACCAACACGUCAAUACUACACACUUUUCAAUCAAUCACACUGGACAAAGUGUGCAAUGCUUCACCUCAAAAUAAACCUUGAAUAUAGUUACAGGGAAAAACUAUGGACAUGCAAACAAAGCAAAUCAUUAGGCGUAAUCACUCCCAAUAUUUAUUACUUUAAUAAUUGUUAUUGUAUAGGUAUCCUGACACAGCCUACAUGAGAAGAGUACAGGAAGUAUUGGCUGCGAAAGGAAUUACUGAAUAGACGAAGUGGAAGAAACAAGUAACCCAGUGAUCUGAACAGUGGUUAAAUAUACAUAUAUUUUAACAUAAUUAUUAGAAUAGCAUAAUCUCAUGAGUGAUCAGGUUUCAAACACUGCCCAAAAGGUAUGGGGGGAAAGAGAUUAAAAUGCACCUAUACCUCCAAUACAAUUUUUGGUAUACAGGUAAUACAGCUAAUAAUGUAUUUGUGUCAUUCCGAAAAGAAAUGUAAUUAUACAGUAUAUCGUUUUAAUAGAAAAGUCCUCAGGACCCCAACUUGAUAAGCUCAAGUUCAUUGUCAAAGUUGCAAGAUAUUAAAUUUUUUUUUGUAGCAAAAACAAGAGUAAACUAAUUAAUUUGCCAUGCAUGAUCGUCCCAAUGGCAAUGAGCUGAAAAAUAAGACUGCAAUAGUAAAGGCUGCUUUGCACUCUCAAAGUUUCUGUGAUCUCAGUAAGUUUCAGUAGGAAUUUCGCAUAGGUAAAAGCUACGUUUUGAAGGUUUGUAAGAAAUGUUUGAGGGAACUGGCUCGGUGAUCACAGAAUCUUUCAUAGUCAAGUGUAAUCCAGCCUUUAAGGAUGCUUGACAUAGUAAAUCAAAUUUGAUGUCAAAUGCAUGUAAAUUUUUUACAUUUAGAUUUUUUUGACAUGGCUCCUUGGAAAAGCAUUUUUACGAAAGGACACCAUGUUACAUUAUGUCUUUUUAAUAAAGCUUGAUUGAUUGA